GUUUCACUCUCGGCGAGGGCAUUGCACUUGAACGUUUACACUUUCCCGAAUAAUUAUGUCGAAUUGUUUGCUUUUCACGUUUGUAAUCAUCUGCGUCGGCAAGAGCAACGUUAGCGGAAAGUCCGCAUUGAAAAAUGAUAUUGUAGAAAGCACAAGCAUCAACUUCUCGAACGGAAGUGUUGUGUCGGAAACGCAACACACUAUCUGUAGCAUCAGAACCGAGGAAGUCGUCGCGAGAGCUCAGUCAACGGCGUCGAGGAUUCUCACGGGCGUUUGCACAACAGAAGAUAUGACGAAAGCAUUUGAAAACGUGGAGAGGAAAUUAGCGGAACAGUUUGAGAAACUUCAACAAAACUUAAUAACGUUGAUUCAGUCCAAGUUUCUGCGUGCAGAAGAAAAAUUACAGAAGCUUCAAAUUGUCGGCAAUCAAAGUAAUCGAUUACAUUUGGGAUGA